UCUGCACGCGUCCACGCGAGCGGCUCCAUUUCCCGGCGGCAGCAGCAUGAGCGCGGGCGUGGGGCGCGGGGCCGCGGGCCCAGCGGUGGCGAAAGUGGAGCUGCGGCUCAGCUGCCGACACCUGCUGGACCGCGACCCCCUGACCAAGUCGGAUCCCAGCGUGGCGCUGCUGCAGCCAUCCGCGCAGGGCCGGUGGACGCAGGUGGGCAGAACUGAGGUUGUGCGGAGCAGCCUGAACCCCGUGUUUUCCAAGGUCUUCACCAUCGACUACUGCUUCGAGGAGGUGCAGCGACUGCGCUUCGAGGUGUAUGACACCCAUGGGCCCAGUGGCCUGGCCUGUGAUGAGGAUGACUUCCUGGGGGGCAUGGAGUGCACCUUGGGGCAGAUUGUGGCUCAGAAGAAGGUGACUCGCCCACUGCUGCUGAAGCUGGGCAGGAAGGCUGGCAAGUCCACCAUCACGGUGAUCGCCGAGGACAUCUCCAGGAACAACGGCUACGUGGAGCUCUCCUUCCAGGCCAGCAACCUGGAUGACAAGGACCUCUUCAGCAAGUCCGACCCCUUCCUGGAGCUGUUCCGGGCCAACCAGGACGGCAGCGAGCAGCUGGUGUACCGCACGGAGGUGGUGAAGAACAACCUCAGCCCAGUCUGGGAGCCCUUCAAGCUGUCUCUGAGCUCCCUGUGCAGCUGUGAGGAGACCCGGCCUCUGAAGGGCCUGGUCUGGGACCAUGAUGCCCGAGGGAAGCACGACUUCAUCGGCGCCUUCUCCACCACUUUCAAGGAGAUGCAGGAGGCCUUUGCCCAGGGCCAGGCACAGUGGGACUGUGUGAACCCCAAGUACCAGCAGAAGAAGCGCAGCUACAAGAACUCAGGGGUGGUGGUCCUGACAGACCUGAAGCUCCACAGGGUCCACUCCUUCCUGGACUACAUCAUGGGCGGCUGCCAAAUCCACUGCACCGUGGCCAUCGACUUCACAGCCUCCAAUGGCGACCCCCGGAACAGCUGUUCCCUGCACCACAUCAACCCCUACCAGCCUAAUGAGUACCUUCGGGCACUGGUGGCAGUGGGUGAGGUCUGCCAGGACUACGACAGUGACAAGAGGUUUUCUGCCCUGGGGUUCGGGGCCCGGAUCCCUCCCAACUAUGAGGUGUCCCAUGACUUUGCCAUCAACUUCAACCCCCAGGACGACGAGUGUGAAGGAAUCCAGGGUGUGGUGGAGGCCUACCAGAGCUGCCUGCCCCGCGUCCAGCUCUACGGCCCCACCAAUGUGGCCCCCAUCAUCUCCAAGGUGGCCCGCAUGGCCGCGGCUGAGGAGCUCACCGGGGAGGCCUCCAAAUACUACAUCCUGCUGAUCCUGACCGACGGCGUGGUCACCGACAUGGCAGACACACGGGAGGCCAUCGUGCGGGCGUCCCACCUGCCCAUGUCCAUCAUUAUUGUGGGUGUGGGCAACGCGGACUUCACAGACAUGCAGGUGCUGGAUGGUGACGACGGAGUCCUGCGCUCCCCACGUGGCGAGCCUGCACUCCGAGACAUUGUACAGUUUGUGCCCUUCCGUGAGCUCAAGAACGCAUCCCCUGUGGCGCUGGCCAAGUGCGUGCUGGCUGAGGUGCCCCGGCAGGUGGUCGAGUAUUACAGCCACAAGGAGCUGCCCCCACGCAGCCUUGGCACCAAGGUGGGGGAGGCUGGACCCAGUGGAGCCCCGUGAGGACCCCAGUCACCACCUGGCCUCAUGCUCCAGGAUGCUGGGGUCCUUUCAGUCCUUGAGGCCCUCAGGGGCUGCCUGGCCCUUGGCCCAUGUCCCCUCCUGUGUUCCUGCUGGCCGGGUCAGUAGCUGGGAUCCCAGGGCAGGAGAUAGGUAAAGACCCCAGGGACCCAAAGGGACCCCAAAAGAGCCCCUGCCACCCCACCUCCUCAGCCUGCUCUUCAGUGUCCAAGUGCCCUGGGCUGCUUCUGUGGGUAGGGCUUCCACAUAAUAAAGUGUUCC